AUGCGAUGUGCUCUUCAAUUAUUCCUUCUCUAUUAUCUUAUUAUUCCAAUUCGAUUAUUCUCCGAACAACAUUUCGACUUUGAAGUUCCAGAAGAUAUUCCUGAAGGUACAUUGAUCGGUAAAAUUACAUUGCAAUCGAAUCUCAGUUAUCGAUUAAAUGGACAUAAUCAGUUUGCAUCGGUGGAUAUUCAAACUGGUGAAAUUCAUAUUUCUGCACCAUUGAAUCGAGAGACUAUAUCACCCAAUGGAACAAUUAUUUUGAUUUUAACUGCUGAACCGACUACAAUCAUUGCAGUUCGAAUUAAUGUGCUCGAUAUUAAUGAUAACAGUCCGACAUUCCCCUCAAAAUAUAUGAAUGUUUCAAUUAUCGAAUCAGCGAUUGUUGGCAGUCGGAUACGGUUACAACCAGCAAAUGAUCCAGAUUUAGCUGAAAAUGGCACAAUUGCAAGUUAUAAGCUUGAAAAUGGAGAAGAAUUUUUCACAUUGGUACGAUCAUCAAAUAGUACUGGUGGAGAUGUCUUACUACUUGAACUAUUAGCAAAACUAGAUCGUGAAACGAAAGAUCUAUUCAUUCUAAAUAUUUCUGCAUAUGAUGGAGGCACUCCACCUCGCUCAGGUUACUGUAUAGUCUAUGUAAACGUGUUAGAUGCAAAUGACAAUCCACCAACAUUUCAUCAACCACGUUAUGAUGUUCAUCUGAAUGGAUCGGUAUUAUCUGAUACAACAAUAUUACGGGUUGAAGCUACUGAUGCAGACGCUGGUGAUAACGGUCGUAUCAACUACUAUCUUACAAGAAAUCCUUUCCAAUAUUUCCAAAUUGAUCGUGAGACAGGUGCAAUAACUGUUCAGUAUACAGCACUGAAUUGCUCGGAUGAUGGUUGUCUGCCCGACUGCUCGGGAAUGUGUGUUUUGACGGUGGAAGCAGAAGAUCAAGGUGAACCAAAAUUAAGUGGACGUACUUUGGUUUAUGUACAUCUCACAGAUACCAAUUUACAUGAUCCCGAAAUUAAUUUCAGGAUUUAUCCAACCGGAUCAGAAUUUGCAUGGAUAAGUUCAGAAACAGCUAUAGGUUCAACAAUUGCUGUGAUAACGACAAAUGAUCGUGAUUAUGGACAAAAUGUUCAAAUAUCUAUAAUUAGUGGUAACAAUGAAAAUUAUUUUCGAUUAGAAAGUGGCAAAAAUUACGGUAUUUUACGACAAAACCGAUUAAUAGAUAAGCCGAUCGAGCAAUUUUUGCUGAAAUUUUGUGCAACAGAUGAUGGCGUGCCACCACGCUCUUCGGAACGAGAACUGAAGGUUUAUGUUAUGAAAUUAAAUGAUACUGCUCCAGUGCUUGAAGAAGAAUUCAUAAAAGUAAGCAUUUUUGAAAAUUCACCAGUUGGAUCAUUUGUUGCGGCGGUUCGAACUUCUGCUGAGGAAGAUUUACAUUUUUCCAUUAUUGAGGAUGACAAAAAUGAUAAUCUUUUUUUGAUUGGUAAAAACACAGGUAUCGUAACACUUUCCAAAAUAUGGCCAAAUCAUACAAAAUGGAAUUAUGAAUUUGAAGUAAUAGUACGGAAAGAAGCACCUAGCGAUAAAUUUUCCAUCUGUACAAUUGAAGUAGCGAUUAUCGAUGUGAAUGAUCAUAAACCGCAAUUUUCCUCUCCUUUUUAUGAGAUUGAAGUGUCGGAAGAUACUGCACCACUUACCGUCAUUUUCAAAGCUUUUGCAACUGAUGAGGAUCAUGAAAUUAACAGUGCUAUUUCAUAUAGCAUAGAAUGUUCUCCGAAAGAACAACAAAUAUUUAUGGUGAAAGAAUCUUCCGGUGAAAUAUUGCUGCGUUCAAAGCUUGACCGAGAAACGAAAAAGGAACAUAAAAUUACUAUUACCGCAACCGAUCACGGUAAUCCACCGCAGAGUUCUUCAGCUCUCCUUAUCAUUAAAGUCUUAGAUGUAAAUGACAAUGAUCCAUAUUUUGCACAACUGGAGUAUCAUGGUUAUAUUGUACGAAGUGAUCCAUCUGGUACUCAUCUAAUACAGCUUAAAGCAUUUGAUGACGAUAGUCCAAAAUUUGCUCAAAUAUUAUAUUUAUUUUAUUAUCCUGUUCCAAAUUUCUUGGCAUUAAAUCAUACAACUGGAAGAAUACAUUUGGCGAUACAUGCUGAUUUACUUAAUUUUGAACGAAAAAUAGAAGUUAUUGUGGGAGCAAAAGAUAACGGCGGUCGUUUAUCGCGGAACAAUGCUACUGUACAUAUAUGGCUUCUGGAUAAUAUGUUGCAAGUGCCGAAAUUCAACACAACCAAUAAUUGGUCUAUUGAAAUCAGUGAGAAUUCAUCGCCGGAAAAAAUCUUAACUUCAUUUUCUGUAUAUCCACCCCUUGAAAAUGUUCGCUAUCGUAUCAAUACAACUGAUUUGCUAAUCAAUGAAUUGACGGGUGAAGUACGAGCUCGUCGUUCAUUUGAUCGUGAAGUAGAACCUAAAAUUGGUUUCACAGUUUAUGCAGAUAAUGAAUGGUCAACUGGAAUGCAUGAAGGAACAUUAACUAUUCUUGAUCAGAAUGAUAAUUCUCCGAUCUUUGAGCUUAAUGGAACAGCUCAGUUUGUUAUUGAUUCUCAUUUGAUAGGAAUUGGUGCAGAAUUGCUUCGAUUGCGAUGUAAUGAUCCAGACGAUGGUGAAAAUGGUCAUAUCACCUACACUGUUAACAGUAGCUUCUUCGGCAUUGAUUCAAAAACAGGUAUUGUACGGUUGAUGAAAUUUCCGAAUGGUUUAAAUCAAUUGCAAUUUCAUGUGACAGCAACUGAUGGCGGUGAACAAUCAAGACAUAGUACAAUUAGAGUUGUGGUAGAAAUCAAAGAAGAUGAAAUAAUCUAUUCAUUUCCUCCAAUAAUUACAUUAUCGAUACCAGAAAAUAUACCUUUGGGAAAAAUCAUAACCAAUUUAUUACCUAAAAAUAUAACCCAACGUUUUGAAUUUCAAACAUUUGGAAUUACAACAAACUAUCCGAUUAAAAUUCUUCCAUCUGGUGAAGUUAUCGUUGCAUCAAAGAUCGAUUACGAAAUUAUGAAUUAUCUAUCAAUUUCUGUUGCUGCUUUCAAUUUAGAUAAAAAUUCAAUUUCAAGCAAGCACGAAUUCCUACUUCAACUCUACAUAGAGGAUACUAAUGAUAAUUCACCGCAAUGUCCCGGGAAUAAUAAAUUUAUCAUUCCCGAAAAUAACAUUCCUGGUGCAAUUGUGGGACUUUUCAAUGGAAUUGAUGAUGAUAGCAAUUUAAAUGGAACAUUGUUUUAUGAAUUAACAUACGAUGGCAAGGAAAUAUUUCACAUUGAUUCACGCACUGGAAUUAUUCGAGCAUUGCUGUUAUUGGAUUUCGAAUUGGCUCAGUUUCAUAAUUUAACCGUAAUUGUUACGGAUGGAGGAUUGUUGGAAACAAAAUGUACGAUAGUAAUUGAAGUGGAAGAUUUAAAUGAUAAUAUACCGUAUUGGGAGCAGGAAUUUUAUCAUUUCUAUAUCUCAUCAAAUGCAAACGAUAGUUUUAUUGGUAAAGUAUUGGCACAAGAUUUGGAUUCUAAAUUAAAUGGUGAAAUUAGAUAUAAAUUAAAACAAAAAUGGACUCCAUUUAAGAUUAAUGAAAGCACCGGUGAUAUCACACGAAUUAAUUCAAUUGUACCAAAUCACAUCUAUAAUAUCACCGUGAUAGCAACAGAUAAAGGCAUUCCACCACUUUCUAGUGCCACAUUCGUUUUCAUUCACACUGAUACAGAAAAAGAUUGCAUACCUAAUUUUACGAGUUAUCCAAAUACUGACAUUGAAAUUGAUGAUAGCUUACUUGGACAAAUAGUUACUCAAAUACAUGCUGUAGCAUGCGGAGCAGAAGUAUCAUAUUCAUUAAGUUAUGGUCAUUCAAUUUACCAUACUAAUAACAAUUUCGAAUUAUUUUGGAUUGAUUCUAUUGAUGGGAAUAUAUUUUUAACGAAACAUCUGAAUGCAUAUGUUGGACAACGAAUUGAAUUAAUAAUUAAAGCUGAAACGAUAUCAACUUCUAAUAGUGUAACUUUUGGAAUUAUGGUAAUGAAUAAAAAGAAUGGAAAUUCGGGUACAGAUACGAUUACGAUUCAUGUUCAGGAAAACAAUAAUGUUGAUGAAAUAUGUGGCAAAAUCGAAUCAUUAGGAGAAGAUUUGCAACUAUUGCGACAAAUACCGCCUGGGAAUACCUUUCGCCUUCAAGAGCAAAAUUUAAUUUGUAUGGAAAUGCUGGAUCGUGAACAAGUCAAUUUGUAUCGUUUAGUUGUUGCUGAAAAUCAUGGUUUGAAGCUGAGAGUCAUUUUAAUUCAUGUGGAUGAUGAAAAUGAUAAUUCGCCAGAAUGCUUUGGAACUAAAGCAAUAUUAGUUGAAUCUGAGUCAUCAUCAUUCGUUCCAUGGAAUUGUUCAGACAAGGAUGCUGGUUUGAAUGGAACAAUUGGUUAUAAAAUUAUGAGAAGCGAAGAAAUUAUUUCGGACAUAAAUGAUAAUGGUUUCAUGGUUAAGCCUUUCAUAGGUGAUCCGAAAUAUUUUUCCGUAUUGGUUUACGAUCGAAAUACUAACAAUGGACCUGAAGAAGAUGAUAAGUUGAGCAAAAGCAUUGAGCUUCGUUACAUUUUGAUCCCAAAUAAUCCAAGAUUAGAAGCACCGAUUGAAUUUGAGAAGCAGUAUCGCCUUAAUCGAAAUAUUCAACCUGGCAUGAUGUUUGGUACUGUAAUAGCGAAAACUGGUGCUACAGUUGAAUAUUUUAUAACUUCGUUUAAAAAUGAACAACAUAUGAAUAGUAUGCAAUGGGCUGAUAUUGAUCGUCGAACUGGACAAUUGCGCAUUAAUCAGAAACCAGAUACUCAUCUAAUAAAUAUGGAAAUCACGCUAUUGUCAGAAAGAUUCACCAAGACAAUUACAGUAAGUUUUACUUUUGUUAUAUAA